GGCAGCUAAGCGUCACAUUUGUUUUGCGAAUUAAAAACUAUUUAUAAAAAUAUGCCAGAAGAAACAGAGAUUACAGCCGACGACAAGCGCAAUCACCUGCCCUGGAUCGAGAAGUACCGUCCGGUGAAGUUCAAGGAGAUUGUCGGUAAUGAGGACACCGUGGCGCGACUUUCAGUUUUUGCCACACAGGGAAAUGCUCCCAAUAUCAUUAUUGCGGGCCCUCCUGGAGUGGGCAAGACCACAACUAUUCAGUGUCUGGCCAGGAUACUCUUGGGAGAUAGUUACAAGGAAGCUGUCCUCGAGCUGAACGCAUCCAACGAACGAGGAAUCGAUGUGGUCCGCAACAAGAUCAAGAUGUUUGCCCAGCAAAAGGUGACACUACCGCGUGGCCGGCACAAGAUCGUUAUCCUGGACGAGGCGGACAGCAUGACGGAGGGCGCCCAGCAAGCUUUACGCCGCACCAUGGAGAUCUACAGUAACACGACGAGAUUCGCCUUAGCCUGUAACACCAGUGAGAAGAUCAUCGAGCCUAUACAGUCCCGCUGCGCCAUGUUGCGGUUUACUAAGCUCUCGGACGCUCAGGUGCUGGCGAAGCUGCUGGAGGUGUCCAAGUGGGAGAAGCUCAACUACACAGAGGACGGUUUGGAGGCCAUUGUCUUCACCGCCCAGGGUGACAUGCGACAGGCCCUCAACAACCUGCAGUCCACCGCUCAGGGUUUCGGAGAUAUUACUAUGGAGAACGUCUUUAAAGUCUGCGACGAACCGCAUCCCAAGCUGCUAGAAGAGAUGAUCCAUCAUUGUGCCGCCAAUGACAUCCACAAAGCCUACAAGAUCUUGGCUAAACUAUGGAAGCUUGGCUACUCGCCAGAGGAUAUCAUAGGCAACAUAUUCCGCGUCUGCAAGCGCGUUAAUAUCGACGAGCAGCUGAAGCUGGACUUCAUUCGAGAAAUCGGCAUAACGCACAUGAAAAUCGUCGAUGGAAUCAACUCCUUGUUGCAGCUCACUGCCUUGCUGGCGAAACUUUGUAUGGCCGCCGAGUCUCACUAGGCUCGAAAUAUUUUUAUUCUUUUAUGUUAGGGUAACAAUGAAUAAAGUUAUGGAUGAAAUCUUAAUAA